AGAGCGUCACCGAGCCCACCAGAGCGAGGCUUGGACCGCACGGCUCGUUCGGGGUGCUCACCUGCAGUGUUGCCACGUCACCCAGCCCGGGCGUGACGUCACAGGUGCCGGUAAACAUGCUGCUCGGAGGCAUGUGACCUACCACAUGGACCUGGAUGAGGCUUUCCUGGCAGUCGGCGAGUUCGGCAGAUAUCAGAAGCGGCUGACCGGCUUCCUAGUGCUGCUGCAGGUGUAUGUGGCUUGUCAGUCAAUGCUGAUUGUCAUUGUGGGCGCUGUACCAGAAUAUCACAUUGAUAAGGAAGAAGGCCUCAGCGAUGAAGAUUUUAUCAAGCAUGUCCGAUAUGCAGAGAACUUCACCUCCAUAGUAUCUGAGUGGAACUUAAUUAACCAUCAAGCCUACAAGGUUAACUUGGCAUCUUCAUUACUAUUUGCUGGUCUGCUCAUUGGGAAUAUCGUGUUUGGACCUUUAUCUGAUAAACUGGGAAGAAGGCCGGUAUAUUUAAUAGGGCUGUUAUUUGAUGUCAUCUUUGGUUACCUAACGGCUUUGGCUCCAAGCUAUGGCCUUUUUGCCAUAUCACGAUUAUUUGUUGGGAUAAUGAAUGGUGGAAUGGCCUUGGUCUCUUUUGUAUUAACACAAGAGUAUGUGGGAAAAUCAUACUGGGCAUUAACUGGUUCCCUAACAAAUCUCACUUUUGCUAUUGGCAUAGCGAUAUAUGCCUUGUUGGGUUAUUACAUUCGAGACUGGAGACGACUUGCAUUUGUGGCCAACACGCCCGGUGUUUUCUUUUUUCUUCUUUCUUUUUUACUCCCUGAAUCCCCAAGAUGGUUAUACUCCCAUGGUCAUACGGACAAAGCAGAAGAAGUACUGCGGCAGAUAGCCCGUGGCAAUGGGAAAGACGGUUCUGCAGUCAGAUUAAAGAAAUGUAACAGAACCCCAAGAAGCGGUGACUCAGCGCACAGUGUCUUUGAUUUGGUGAAAUAUGGAGUGCUUUUCUGGAGAACGUUGCUUCUGAUGUAUAUCUGGUACGUCUGCAGUCUGGUGUAUUAUGGCUUGACCUUAAAUGCUGGGGAUCUAAAAGGCAAUCUCUAUUUGAAUGUGGCAUUGUCUGGCCUUGUGGAAGUUCCAGCAUUCCCCCUCUGCCUGUUUUUUAUUGAAAAGUCUUGGUCUGGACGAGGAAAAUCUACAGCUGGCUUUCUAAUAUUUGCUGGAAUUGCCUGCAUAUUUUCAAUGUUUUUACCAGACAAUAACAGUUUGGGUCUUAAUCCGGCCAUCCCUGCCUUACUUGGGAAGCUUUCCGUCAGUGCUGCCUUUAAUGUUGUUUACAUCUACACUUCUGAACUCUAUCCGACAGUAGUAAGGAAUGCAGGCCUGGGUGUGUGUGCCAUGGCAUGCAGAUUUGGUGGUAUCCUUGCUCCUUUUGUACCAUCCAUGAAAUCCCUUAAUCCAUCAAUGCCAUUCAUGGCAUUUGGAAUCAGCGGCAUAUCAGCAGGAAUCCUGAGUCUGUUACUGCCAGAAACACUUAAUAAGCCAAUUGCAGAGUGCAUUGAAGACCUACAGCCUCAUGCAUACCAAUUGUUAAACAAGAAAAAACAAGACGAGGAAACCACAUGAUUACAAGGCUGUAUUGUUUGAACAUAAAUACUUCUCUAGAAGUUUCGCUAG